AGGGGGCAUGAGUAUUCACGUUCGAUAUGCAACACGGAAGUAAAAUAACUACGCCUAUAGUUUAAGAAAAUACAUACUGCUACUUAAGAAUUGUACUUCAAGUGUCAUUCUCAGUAAGGUAAAAUGACAAAAUAUGGAAAUAUUUGAAACGAAAUUAAAAAAGGACGGUUAAAGAAUCAGUACAGAAAUGGAAAUGAAAGAUAUACGUUCCUCCAGACACGGAGAGUUAAAUGGUGACAUUUCUUCAGCAAAACAUGACUAUGCCAGAAGAUCGUUUGACAAAUACUUGGCAAGUGUUGAUACGGAAAAUGCGAAUGAGCAAGUUUUAAAUCAAGUUACAGAUCUUCAGAAGCUUAUCAAGGAAAUUAAGACAAAAGAGACCACAAAAAUGGAUAACAUUGAGAAGCAGAUUACUGAAGAAUCCAUGGAAAUUGAAACAAUACGACAGAGACUUCAGUCUGUGACGAAAUCAAAAGAGCAACCAAAAGCAGACGACAGAAUAAAGUUCCGAGAAAAAUACAUCAUGUUCUGUGCGACCGAGAGAAAGCAUAUGUGCGAGUUACUUGGUAGUGCAGAGAAAACAUGUGAAAUAUUGAAGGAAUGUUACAAUCAUUGUGAGAAAUUACAUAAAUGCAAUCGAGAUAGUAUGGUCAAAGAUAAUCUUAUAUCACAAAAACCAAAUCCAAGGGAAUCCGAGGAUAUAUCACAAUUACAGAAACAGUUCUCAGAAGAGACGUCAAAAUCUUUGCUACAAAAUCUUCGAGACAACAGUUCAUCCACAAAUACCCUGUCAACAACAUAUUAUGAUUUAAAGAAACAAUUUGCAGAAACUGACAAGGAAAGGACUGACAUUUUUUUUGAAAAAUCCUUAGACAUUUGCUGGACAAUGGUAGCAUACUGUCCGCCAUUAAAAUUUUGCUUUGACAAACAUAUUAAAAUUGACUGUGAGCAAAAAAUAGACCUAACUGAAAAGGUGAGUCCAGAAUCUACAAAGAAGUCAUCUCAAAAGUCAAAGAAAUCCAAACAAGACACAGUGCAGCUUGAAUUGAAAUAUCCGGCUGUAGUACAGGCUCAGUACCUUAUUGCAAAAGGACUAAAACAGAAGAAAGUUUUCGGGAAAUGAAUAGACUUCCUCAGUAAAGGUGCAAAAUUGUACAAAUUAGACUUAAAAGGUAGAUUUAAUAUUUAUAUCGGAAUCGCACUGUUCCGAAUGUAAUGGAUAAUAAGAAAGAGAGAGAGAGAGAUGAACAAACACAUAUUGUAUUUGUUUAUUGAUGGUGUACAGUUUCCCUUGUGACAUUUAGUACAAUUCUGUUGCUGUGAAGGAGACAUAAUUAACUUAGAUAUUUCAUAGAUAUUUUGACCUGAUCAACUUUUAAGUUCUAUACCCAGAGUGUAAGUUUUCGACAAACUGCCAUCUUUGUCAUUCACUUUACUUUGUUAGAGUAAUAUGUUGUAUAUUUGCUCAAACAUAUGAAAUAACAUCCUUCCUUUUAGAAAAUAAUUCUUCAAAAAACUUAUUAUAUAACAGAAUACGUUUUACAUGUAAAAGAAGGAGACACCGUCUUUUUUUUUUAAUCUUACAAUAAAUAUGAUUAAUAAUAAAUAUCGCUCAUGACCUUGUAUGGUUUUCGUUGUUCUGUUUAUAGGACCGUAUAAGAGAUAUAUUCCAGAAUUAAGUCGUUGUGUGCACCAGGAUUGGUGCUUAUGUAAAUAAAUAAUUAAAAGACUUUUAAAAAAGUGUGUACCCUAAGGAAUUGAAGAAAGUCAAAUAAUCAAUUUAAUAUAUUAUGUCAGAAUUUCGAUUUUAAUGUGUGUAGCAUGUGCAAUAAUAAAAGAUAUAUUUACGAUGAUUUAGAGUGCUCAGGGUGAUUCUGUUUUCAUGUAAAAACAAGCAUAAGGAUGUGGUUAAAAUGUUAACCACUUAAAAUAAAUUUGGUAAAGUAAACUCUCCUGAAAUCUCAAUUCCAACUGAAUACAAUAACAUUUUUGUUAGUUAGGGAUGUUUAACGUCCUCAAAAGCAACUUAAUGCUCUUAGUCGGACGGAAAUAAAAUUUAUAUAAUUUUGUCUUAAAAAUUCAUGAAUCGGUAUUAAUGAUUGCGGUUAUAGUGCAGGCGGUUUGAGAAGUUGUUUCCUAUUGUUUUGUUUGUCUUUUCCUUGGUGCAAUUUAUGUAUGUUGUUCCUUACUGUAUAAUCAGAUUGUAGAAACAUUUAUUUUAUAAUAUUACACGGAUAAAAAAAGUACUGUAGAUACAACUCAUAUUCAAUGUAGACUGGUGACACAUCUAAUGUAAUACAGUUAAGCGUACCAAAUGAUGAAACAAAGCGCCAUUCACAUACAUUUUACUUGUUACUACCACAUAUAUAUAAAACUGGGGUUUUUCAUCGUUAAUUUCCACCUUAUAUCAAAUCGAAAUCAAAUCUGAUUUGUUUUUUAUCAUUGAUUGUUACGAACAUACUAGUAUUGUGUGAAUAAACUCAUCAUAGAUAAAAUGAUGUAGUCAUUAUUGUUUGAAUGUCAAGUAAAAUCAUUAUUGAAAAUAGUAUGGUUUGAGCAUGAUGGAUCCCAUUUAAAAAAAGUAAUGAAAUUCAAAGUAGACAGGAGACAAGUUUAUAGUAUUUAGUACUUUGACCGUUUUAAUCGAAAACAACUGUACACAUUUUAAACGAAAAAGGUCCUUAUAAUGUUUUUUUUCGAAAUGAUGCGUAACUAUAAUAUUAUUCUUACUUUAGAGUGGCAAACUUAAUCAGAAUGAAAACACCGAAGACGUUAAAAGAGAAAAACCUGUUUAUUUCGACACAAGUACGGAACCGCCCGGAUUGCUUGAAAUAUUGCAUCGCACUUGCCUGCAACUGUUUAAGUGCUGUAGGUUUGUUCUUUGAUCUACUCCCAUCCGGAGCUUGUACAUUUGAACCUAACUAACCUCAAAUCACGUGAUUCCUUAUAUCGCAAUAUAAGUGCUAAACGAUUUUUUCUAUAUAUAUUAUAUUUACCAAGAAAUGUGUUUUGCAUGCACACGUAUAAAAAUUGCGGGUUUUAUCCAACGCAAUCAUAGGUUUGAACGUUGUUUUCAAUUUAGACUUGUUUUUAUAUAUUUAUAUAUAUAAAACCUAAUUGUUGAAUUAACAUUGAUAAUUCUUUAUUUAUUAAUUCAGUUGACAGUUAUUACAAUAAAUGUAUCAUUCUGAAUAAAAACGUUUUAAAAACUA